CGGCCCAGCCCUGCCCGCCCCUGCCCGGCCCAGCCCGCCGCCCCGGGAGCAUGAAGGACCGCACGCAGGAGCUCCGCACGGCCAAGGACAGCGACGAUGAUGACGAGGUCACAGUCAGCGUGGACAGAGACCGCUUCAUGGAUGAGUUCUUUGAGCAGGUGGAGGAGAUCCGGGGCUUCAUUGACAAGAUCUCAGAGAACGUGGAGGAAGUGAAACGCAAACACAGCGCCAUCCUGGCCUCCCCGAACCCCGACGAGAAGACCAAGGAAGAGCUGGAGGAGCUCAUGGCAGACAUCAAAAAGACAGCCAACAAAGUGCGGUCCAAGCUGAAGAGUAUCGAGCAGAGCAUCGAGCAGGAGGAGGGACUAAACCGAUCGUCUGCCGAUCUGAGAAUCAGGAAAACACAGCACUCCACCCUGUCCCGCAAGUUCGUGGAGGUGAUGUCAGAAUACAACGCCACCCAGUCCGACUACCGCGAGCGCUGCAAGGGUCGCAUCCAGAGGCAGCUGGAGAUCACCGGCAGGACCACCACCAGCGAGGAGCUGGAGGACAUGUUGGAGAGUGGGAACCCCGCCAUCUUUGCCUCGGGGAUCAUCAUGGACUCCAACAUCACCAAGCAGGCGUUGAGUGAGAUCGAGACCCGGCACAGCGAGAUCAUCAAGCUGGAGACCAGCAUCCGGGAACUCCAUGAUAUGUUCAUGGAUAUGGCCAUGCUAGUGGAGAGCCAGGGGGAGAUGAUCGACCGCAUCGAGUACAACGUGGAACAUUCCGUGGACUACGUGGAACGCGCCGUGUCCGACACCAAGAAAGCCGUCAAGUACCAGAGCAAAGCCCGGCAGAAGAAGAUCAUGAUCAUCGUCUGCUGCGUGGUGCUGGGCGUCAUCAUCGCCUCCACGUUUGGUGGCAUCUUCAGCUAGCUCUCUCUGCCCACCAUCCGGAGCCGCCCUCCCUGCCAUCCUCGCCCCUGGACUCGGAGCCCCAAGCUGCUCUCUCCCGUCCCCACCGCCCCCUGGGCCCGGCCCGGCCCAGCCAGGCCGUGUUGUGUGCAUGACCCCGUGGUGUCACUAUGUGUAUCUGUAUGAUGGGGGUGGCUGUGGCGGUGAGGGGGGAGGAGCCCCCAGGGAACCGGGCAGGCCGGUGGGCAGGGAGGGCAGGAUAGCCGCCCUUCCCACCCCACGCCUUCAAGCACGCGGGCAAGCUGGGCCAGCCCUCGUGUGGCCGUGGUGGUGCCUCCCCUCGCCCAGCCCGGACUCCCUCCGUUCCCCACCUCGGGGGGCUGCCAGCUUGGAGCCCCUCCUCACGGGGAGGAUCCCGGUCCCCAUCCCCUGCCUCGCCCCACCCCUCCAGGGUCCAGUCCUCCCCCAUCCCCUUUCCGGCUCCUUCCCCGUGCGUGGCCUCCAGGCCCCAUCCCGGUGGUCGGGGUGAGGGCACUGAGUAGCCUGCAGCAGCCUCAGACCCGGGGGACCCCCUCCUUUCUGCUCCCCACCCCCCAACAGGGCGGCACAGUGGGGGAGGAGGGGGACCAGGGAAAGGCUGCAGAGGCAGGGUGGGUCAGAGGCCUAGAAUAGCUCAUCACUGCCAAGCCCAGGUCGGGCCAACCCGAUCCCCCCCUGCAAGUCUCAGUGAGGCACCAUUCCCCAUCUUGGGCUUGUGCCCAAGUGGCUGGCAGGGUGGGGGCUAGACAGGGUCCCCGCCGCCAGCCUCAGAGGAGAGUGGGACCCCAGCCCCCGCCCCCCACUUGUGCCCAGGACCCUCCUCGGAUGUUGCAUGUGCGGGCUGCUGCCCGGCCCUCCCCGGACCACGUCUCCCUUCUGUCCCUGUCAUCGAGGUGCCAUGCAUGUAGGGGGGAGUGGGAGGAGACGGGGGAGUCACUGACACAGUAUUCAGUAAAGGGGUAGCCUCGCCCUCCAACCGCACUGGGGCUUUGGUUCAUCUGCCCAGCCCUUCCCCCACUCUCCUCGCAGCAGGCGUGUGCGUGCGUGCGUGUCCGUGCUCCGUCCCGCUUCCGAGCCUCCGCGACAGCCCAGUGACUGUGACAACUGUCCGUGUUGCCUUCUUUCUACGCCCCCCCGCCCCCUCCACCCCCUCACCAAAGCUCACGGUGCAAUCAGCCAGCCAUUUUGUGAAAUUUUUAUGUAGAAUAAACAUUUGUAUCCAUCCCGG